UGUUGGGAGCGCAUAAGCAAAUAGGACACUGGCUCACUAAGUGAACGGGCCAGUCACUGCCAGUACAUCUCAUACCGUCAAAGAAAGACAACUUCUCCGCGACUGCACUGCCCGCGAUCGCCUUCUAAAAGCCUAAAAAAGCAAAAGCCAUCACUUGGGUAUACAUUCAUUUGCAGAAACCUUGUGGUACUGGUUCAUCUAAAGUCAUUUUUUUCUUCUCAAAACCGCGAACGGAUGUGAGGCAGAGACAAUUUUCAGCACUACUAAUACCUCGGUUUUAAGUUGCGCGCCGAUUUCUCUCUCUUUUUUGUGCCGACUCCUCUUGCAAGAAAAGAAGGGGAACUGAAUAGGAGGUGAUUGAUUGAUGUUUCUUCUGAAAUGGACGUAAGGUUUUAUCCUCCUCCACCCCAGCCUCCAUCAGCCACAGAUCCGACUUGUUUGGGACCCUCGCAUCGCUUGGACCCUUACUAUUGCAAUAAGUUUGAAGACAUGUACAUGAGCACAUCAGAAUCGAGCCAGGACUUCCCGUCGUCGGGCCAGGAGAGUGCCAUCCAGCGACAGCCAAACACGAAACUGACUGGAGUCACCUGGAAACAGGACAUGGACUGUCCUCGGCCUCCAUGGUGUUAUCCUGUACCAAGCCUCAGCGACGAUGGCCUCAAUAUCCCCCCCAUCACCCCCCCAACCCUGCCAGAGCACGCUUUAGUCCACAUGCCAGAGUCGGAGCCUGGGGGCUACCACCUCCUGUGCCCCCCUGUUUCUCAGAAUGGACUCAACCCCUUCCACCCCCAGAACAUGGACCUUCCCGCUAUCACCGUGUCCAACAUGCUGAGCCAGGAUGGGCCCCUGCUUUCCAAUUCAUUAUCUAUGAUGCAGGAAAUGGCAAAUUCAGACUCGCCCCGAUACAACAGCCAUGCUCAGAUGGAGACCCCCAGACCCAGGAUCCAAUCAGUCGUGAUGCAACACGGUCAGCUGUCCACGAUCAACCAAUCACAGCUCAGCGCACAGCUCGGCUUGAGUGGGAACAACAUUACCCACAAUUCCCCAUCACCCCCUGGAAGCAAGUCAGCAACUCCUUCACCAUCUAGUUCAGUACAUGAAGAUGAAACUGAUGAGUCAUUAAAGAGCAACGGCGCAGAGAAGAGGCCAGCGGCGGACAUGGGAAAGAAGCCCAAGACGCCCAAGAAGAAGAAGAAGAAGGACCCCAACGAGCCGCAGAAGCCGGUGUCGGCCUACGCCCUCUUCUUCCGCGACACGCAGGCGGCCAUCAAAGGCCAGAACCCUAACGCCACCUUCGGCGAAGUUUCCAAGAUUGUGGCCUCUAUGUGGGAUGGUCUGGGUGAAGAACAGAAGCAGCUGUACAAGAAGAAGACCGAAGCGGCCAAGAAGGAGUACCUGAAGCAGCUGGCGGCGUACAGAGCUAGCUUGGUGUCCAAGAGUUACAGCGAACCUGUGGAGGUGAAGACGUGCCAGACAUCGCAGAUGCUGGGCCCCAAGCCUUCACUCUUCCCAGGAGCCCCCCCCGUCCACUCAGGGCUUUACUUGGGUCCCCCGUACCACCCGCAGGGCUCCAUGAACCCCUCCCACCUGCCAGGUCUGCACCCCGGCCUGCCCCGCAGCAUCGCCCCCAAGGCCAGUGCCCCCAUGCCCGUGUCCAUGGCCAGGAUGGCGGCGUCACCUCCCCCGCAGCUCCAGAUCAGCCCCCCCCUACACCAGCACCUGGGCCUCCCUCCAACACACCAGUCUAUUGCCAUGCAGCAGCAACAGCAGCCGCAGCUGACCGGCCACCAGAUGGCGCUGCACUCUCCAUCUAUGCCACAGCAGGGAUUUCCCCUACAAGGAGAGUUCCAGAACAUCCUGGGGUGCAACUCUCCCGGUGGCCAGGCGUCGUCCCCGGUGAUGGAUUACAUGCGGUCCGGUUGUAGGAACCCCCCAGCACAGAGUGUGGAGUGGAGCAGCGAGUACUGCAGUAACGGAAACCUGCCGAGAGACAAAGCCCUGUACCUCACCUGAUCUGGAGAUGGGAGUUUCCACGGAAAUCCCCCCCAUCGCCUCCUCGCGUUGGAAGCAGACCUUCAUCUCUGCGGAAAAUCCAGUCACCGAGCACUUACAACUUCAUAUCUUACACUUAAGAUUUUUCCAGGUCGGCCAAGAAAGGAAUUCAAAAAACGAAAUGCAAGGACUUGCUUUUUCAGAAAAAAAAAAAACGAAAACAAUUUGAUUGCACGAAACAGGGACGGGAAGGGAAAUGUGGAACAAAACGCUUACAUCUGAUGGUUAUUGCUUUGGAGUUUCCCUAGCAAAUGGGCUUAGAUUCUGUAGUUUUUUUUUCAGGAAAGAAAUUGUAGUCUUCUGUUAUUGUUUUAAAAGUCGGGGUUGAAAGGUAUCUGUGAAGACUUUUAACAGCUUUUUAUAGUCAACAUAGCAUCUCUGUAAAUAUAUUUGACCUUACACUCUUUUAGAGUAUAAAAAACAUUUAAGUAUGGUGCGAUUUAAUCAAGACAAGCUUACAUACAGUACGUCUUUAAAAUGGGCGUUAAAUUAAAAAUAUCCUCCUAUUUUUGCCUAAUUUUAAGGAGUAUUCCAACUGAGAAAUUACUAUAUUUUACAAAAAAAAAAAAAACAAUUUAACCUGGUUCUCAAAAAUUAUUAUAAAAAUCUGUUGACCCACGAAGGUGCAUGAGUUAUCUGAAGAGGCAGGAAAAGGAGAAUGAAUCAAAAGGAAAGAAAGUUUAUUUUGUACUACAUAGAAAAGCCUUUUUGUAUCAAUUGUUGUGUGUUAAUUAGUAAGUAUCCCUCAAACUCUGUGUGGAACAACCAAUGGCUUCUGUGAUGUUAAAUAGACACAGUAACAGACUGAAAACUACUAAAUUAUAAAUCGGGCACAUCUGUGUAUUAUUAUUAUUAUUAUUAUUCUUAUUAUUAUUAUUAUUUCUUGAUAAUAAGGCUAUAUUUAAUCUUUUUUUAAGGAAACGUUUUUCGCUUGUUUACGAUAUAAUGAUAUAAUGGUGGUUGUAAGUAACUAUGUUAGCACCAAAAGGACAUUUUUUUCUGUUUAUUUUUGGACAAGUGGAUCCAGGAAAACCAUGUGAAUAUUAUUAUUUAGUUUUUAUUGUGUUUCCAAAAAAAUAAAUAAAUAAGUAAAACCUG